AGUGACGACCUUCCAUCUCUCUCUCACUCUUUUCAAUACCUCUCCAGUUUCUUCCUCCAUUACUACUCCCUACAAACAUACCAGUUGUUCCUUUUAUCUCACUCCCAGUAAAACCAAUAACAACGAAAAUGUCUUCCGAACUUUACUCCCUGUUCUUUCCACCUCCAGGUCUGCGUUGCGACCUCACCUUCAGCUUCUUUGUUGGUUUUCUUUUUCUGGCCGCCGUUUUCGGUUUCUGGCUUGUUCCAGGUGGUCUUGCUUGGGCUCUGUCCGGGCUUCGUCGCCAAGCUCACCACAAAACCGCCAUUCCUGGACCAUCAGGGUUGCCACUUGUUGGUAUUGUUUUAGCUUUCACUGGGUCUCUGACUCACAGAGUCCUUGCCAAGCUUGCAAAUACCUUCAAGACCAAGCCACUGAUGGCAUUCUCGGUCGGGUUCACUCGGUUCAUUAUCUCAAGCCAUCCCGACACAGCCAAAGAGAUUCUGAACAGUUCAGCUUUCGCAGAUCGACCCGUCAAGGAGUCCGCAUACGAGCUUCUUUUCCACAGAGCAAUGGGUUUCGCACCGUUCGGAGAUUACUGGAGGAAUCUCAGGAGAAUCUCAGCCACCCAUAUGUUCUCUCCGAAGAGGAUCGCUUCCUUCGGGGAUUUCCGAACCAGAAUCGGGCUCCAGAUGGUGGCUCAGAUCAGAGACAAGAUGAACAAAAACGGUGAGGUCAAGGUGAAAGAACUGCUGCAUUUUGGGUCGCUGAACAACGUGAUGAUGAGCACGUUCGGGAGGAUUUACGAAUUCGGCGAGGCUCGUGGUGAUGGUGGGCUUGAAUUGGAGGAGUUGGUGAGAGAAGGGUAUGAUUUGCUCGGGGUUUUCAACUGGAGCGACCACUUUCCUUUGCUGGGUUUUCUGGAUUUACAAGGCGUAAAGAGGAGAUGCAGAAAGCUGGCGGCGAGAGUGAACGUUUUCGUCGGGAAAAUCAUAGAGGAACAUCGGAUGAAGAGGCUUGAAAAUGAAACCAGCAAAGCCAUGGACGAACAAGGGUCUGCAGGUGGUGACUUUGUGGACGUGCUGCUAGAUUUGGAGAAAGACAACAGGCUAAAUGACUCCGACAUGAUUGCUGUUUUAUGGGAAAUGAUAUUUAGGGGAACAGACACAGUGGCGAUUCUGGUGGAGUGGAUUCUAGCCAGAAUGGUGCUACACCCAGAAGUGCAGUACAAGGCUCAGUGCGAGAUAGACUCCGUUGUGGGGCGUAACCGCAGUGUGACAGACCACGACCUUCCGAAUAUGCCUUACGUGCGAGCCAUAGUGAAGGAAACCCUGAGGAUGCACCCGCCUGGUCCCCUCCUCUCCUGGGCCAGGCUAGCCAUUCACGACACCCACGUAGGCCCCCACUUCGUCCCCGCUGGCACCACCGCCAUGGUCAACAUGUGGGCCAUCACCCAUGACCCGGAGGUGUGGUCGGAGCCGUCGGAGUUCAGGCCCGAGCGCUUCCUGGCUGAGGAUCAAGAUGUGGCCAUCAUGGGCUCCGAUCUCAGGCUGGCUCCUUUCGGUUCGGGACGGAGGGUGUGUCCUGGCAAAGCCAUGGGUUUGGCCACCGUCGAGCUCUGGCUGGCUCUCCUCCUGCAGAAUUUCGAGUGGAUCCCAUCGUCUGCUGGUGUGGAUUUGGCUGAGUGCCUGAACCUCUCUCUCGAGAUGAAGAACUCCCUCCUCUGCAAGGCUAUUCCGCGGGGUGCGUAAAACUGGUUUCCAUGGCGACAUCUCCUUCUCUGCUCUGCGCCCAUCUCCUGCAAAUUCAUCUUCAACCUCAUUCUCCUCGGGAAUACUUAAGCAGCUGUUUUAGGUUCAUGUUGUUAUUAUCAGCUUAAUCAUGUCUGUUUUAUUUUUCAGGGUUUGUUUCGAAAAUGUUGUCUUGUCUAGUUACCCAAAAAAAAAAAAAGGAAAAAAGAAAAAGUUGUCGUCGUAUGUAAGCUUUAUUUCCAUUACUUUCACAAGAAAAGCUUCUAUAGGUUAUGUUUAUGCAAGCAACAUCAUUAAUAGUUCCAUCAAUUUCUCAA